UGCGGACAUCAGUACCACAUCGAAUGUCUUCUCUCCCUCGUCGAGACCUCUCUCCAAACCCUGUCCUCCUUCCCUCCGCGCUGCUGCCGUCAGAUCAUCCCCCAAGACGUCUUCGACCGGUACCUCACCCGUGCCCAGCGCGCAGCCUACACCUCUCGCCAGACUGAGCACGACACCCCCAAACGCGUCUACUGCGCCAAUCCGCGCUGCAGCCGCUUCCUCGGCCCGCGCGACAAGCGCGUCCCCGUCCGCGUCCUCGCCUGCCCCGCGCACGGCUGCGGCACGCGCACCUGCGCCCGGUGCAAGGCCCGGGUCGACCCGCGGCUCCCCGCGCACAAGCACGAGUGCUCGCACGACCCGGGCCACCGCGCGACGCUGCGGCUCGGCAGCCAGCUCGGCUGGGUGCGCUGCCCGACGUGCGAGGAGCUCAUCGAGCGGCACGGCGGGUGCGCGCACAUGACGUGCGUGUGCGGCGCGCAGUUCUGCUACCGGUGCCGCGCGCUGUGGAAGACGUGCAACUGU